GCAACUUCAGGCGGACAGGUAGCGGUCUGAGCUGCGUCCACGGCUCAGUGCCCAGUGCUUAGAAAGCGCACAGUAUCUGACAACUGACCGGCUCUCCGGAACAUCCCGUGGCACUACACCAUGAGCGACAGUAAAUGUGACAGUCAGUUCUACAGCGUGCAAGUGGCAGACUCCACCUUCACCGUCCUGAAACGCUACCAGCAACUGAAACCCAUCGGCUCUGGGGCCCAAGGGAUUGUUUGUGCUGCGUUCGAUACAGUUCUUGGGAUAAACGUUGCGGUCAAGAAACUCAGUCGUCCUUUUCAGAACCAGACUCAUGCGAAGAGAGCUUACCGUGAGCUCGUCCUGUUAAAGUGUGUCAAUCAUAAGAAUAUAAUUAGUUUAUUAAAUGUGUUUACACCUCAAAAGACUCUAGAAGAAUUUCAAGAUGUGUACCUGGUCAUGGAGCUGAUGGACGCCAACCUGUGUCAGGUUAUCCACAUGGAGCUGGACCAUGAGAGGAUGUCCUACCUCCUCUACCAGAUGCUCUGUGGCAUUAAGCACCUGCAUUCGGCCGGUAUCAUCCACAGGGACUUGAAGCCCAGCAACAUCGUUGUGAAGUCAGACUGCACCCUCAAGAUCCUGGACUUCGGCCUGGCCCGCACGGCGUGCACCAACUUCAUGAUGACACCCUACGUGGUGACGCGGUACUACCGGGCCCCCGAAGUCAUCCUAGGCAUGGGCUACAAACAGAACGUUGAUAUCUGGUCAGUGGGUUGCAUCAUGGGCGAGCUGGUGAAAGGUUGUGUGAUAUUCCAAGGUACUGACCAUAUCGAUCAGUGGAAUAAAGUCAUUGAGCAGCUGGGGACACCAUCCGCAGAGUUCAUGAAGAAGCUGCAGCCGACAGUGAGGAACUACGUCGAAAACAGACCAAAGUACCCCGGGAUCAGGUUCGAAGAGCUCUUUCCGGACUGGAUCUUCCCGUCAGAGUCGGAGCGAGACAAGAUAAAGACCAGCCAAGCUAGAGAUCUGUUAUCGAAAAUGCUGGUGAUCGAUCCUGACAAGCGGAGCUCAGUGGACGAAGCCCUGCGCCACCCAUACAUAACGGUGUGGUACGACCCCACGGAGGCAGAGGCGCCACCACCUCAGAUUUAUGACGCACAGCUGGAAGAAAGAGAACAUGCCAUUGAAGAGUGGAAAGAGCUGAUUUACAAGGAGGUGAUGGACUGGGAGGAAAGAAGCAAGAACGGUGUUGUGAAAGACCAGCCUUCAGACGCUGGCCUCGGACACAGACAGCAGCCUCGAUGCCUCCACGGGGCCCCCCGAAGGCUGUCGGUGACGAGUCGGAAGCAGAAGCCUUCAUCACCGAGGGAGCUCUUGCACCGUGGCCUAGCGCCGAGCGCCGACGGCGCCCAACAGAGAACUCCAUGUUCUGCAUGUAAGAAACACGAUGCCUUGCCCCACUCGAGACCCGACAGGAUGCCUGCUUAGACCGCACGGUGAAGCAGACUGUGUCUGAAGGAGGACGUGCCAGCCACGCUUUGGAGGUUUGUUCAGGAUCAUUUCAGGCGAGCAGUUAGCAUAGGUGCAUUUGUUCAGAGUCGUGUGGUCCUAGUAGUGACAGUUUCUCGUUACCCGUGACUGUUGGGACGUGCGUGCAUGUGACCACAAACGCCUGCUUGAACUUGCCCAUCCAGCACUUUGGACAUCAGUAUUUAAAUGCCAAAUAAUCUUCCUGGUAGCGAUGCUUGUAGAAUUCUCUCUUAAUCCUCUUAGGUAAUUUGGUGUCUGUCCAGAAAAGAUAGAGCUCUGUGUGUUAAUCGGCCAUCACCAGAUUAUUGUUUCUCACCCUCUUUUAUGGUAUGAUUUAUUCUAUCUUUUGUAUUUCAGAAGGAAUAUAAUUAAAUCUAUUUAAUAAAUUAAAAGUACAGCUUUU